GGUGCCGAUUGGCCGCUUCCCCCGCCGUGCCCCGGAAGUAGUGAGAGGACUACGGGUCCCGGCAGGCCCCUCGCGGCCGCCAUCGCCGGGCCGGCGGGGAUUUCCCGGGACGGCGGCGGCCGUGGCGGCCCCAAUGGCGGCGCGGGCCUGAAGCGCGGCCCAGCCCGGGCAUGGCGGCCGCGGAGGCGGCGGCGGCGGCGCCGUCCCCCGGUGAGGCGAAGCGGCCGGAGGGCGAUGAGUGGUGCGACAGCGGCCUGGGCUCGCUAGGCGAGGGGCAGCUGGGCCCGCUGCCCGCCAGCCCCGGGCCCGCCAGCCCCGGCCCGGCCCUGGGGCCCGUCACGGCGGCUGUAGGCGCCGUUCGCCUGGCUGAGUCCCCCGAGGAGGAGCGGGAGGAGGUGGCGGCGGCCGUGGACCCCGCGGCCUGGCUGCGGCACGUCCUGGGCUUCCUCACCGAGGACGGCGACACGGCCUUGCACUUGGCCGUGAUCCACGAGCACGAGCCGUUCCUGGACUCCAUCCUGCAGUACACGGCCGGCACCGAGUACCUGGACCUGCAGAACGACCUGGGGCAGACGGCCCUGCACAUCGCCGUCAUCCUGGGGCUGUCGGGCUUCGUGCGGAAGCUGCGGGCGGCGGGGCGCGGGGCUGGGGCUAGGAGCGGGGGGGGGCACACGGCGCUGCACCUCGCCUGCCGGGAGGGGCGACGGGGGGUGCGCCCGCCACCUCCUGGGCACCCCCCCGGCCCCCCGCCACCCGGAGGAGCGCGCCAGCUCGACAGCGUCAACUACGACGGUUACACCCCCCUGCACAUCGCCGUCCUGCGCAAAGACCUGGAGCUGGUGGAGCUGCUGCUCAGCGCCGGCGCCCGACCUCAACAAACCGGUGACCCAGCUGCGGCCCGCAGCCCCCUGCACCUGGCGGUGGAGGCGCAGAGCCCCGAGGUGGCGGAGGCUUUGCUGCGGGCGGGGGCCGACCCGGCCGCCCGCAUGUACGUGGGGUACACCCCCCUCUACAGCGCCCGCCACCGCCCCGACCCCCGCCUGCCCCCCCUCCUGCGCCGCUUCGGGGCCCCCGACCCCCCCCCCGGCCACGAGGACGAGGACGACGACAGCCCCGACGAGAGCCCGGCUGACGACAGCGACGAGGAAUACGACGACAUCGUCAUCAACAGCGGGCGCUGCCUGGACUGACGGGGCCCCCGCCGCCCCCCCCCCCCUUCCCGCCCCCACGUCUCCCCCUAUUUAUCCGGGGCUCCCGCUGCCGUUGGCUGGACUUUGGGAGAGCCCCUGCUUCCCCCCACCUUCCCCCCCCCUCCC